AUGGGUUUGGCGCACCUAGCGCUGCUGCUCCGGCUCACUCUCCACAGAGCGCCUCAAAAUGGCGGCAGCUUCUUCCAUCCAGCCGCCUGAUCCGCUCGCCGUCAGCCAGCGCAGCUCGCCGCGCCCCCGCUCCGAGAGCCCCGAGAGCCGGCAAGAGGAGGACGCGGCGGCGGAGGGCACCAUCCUGCGGGACCUGCCCGACCUGGAGCCCGAAGAGAUCGAGAAGAGGCUGGAGAAAACUCGCCGGGAGCUGAGCAACAGGAGGAAGAUCCUCAUCAAGAACCUGCCACAGGACGCGAGCAGCCAGGAGGUCCAUGAUAUUCUGCGUGAGUAUGAGCUCAAGUACUGCUUUGUGGACCGGAACAAAGGAACAGCCUUUGUUACACUCCUAAACGGUGACCAGGCGCAAGAUGCCAUCCGUUCACUGCACCAAACGUCGGUCCGCGGCCGCGACAUCACCGUCCAGCUGCAGCCCACGGACUCGCUGCUGUGCGUCACCAACCUGCCUCACACCUUCACCGCCGCUCAAUUCCAGGAGCUGGUGCGGUCCUAUGGGAACAUCGAGCGCUGCUUUCUGGUCUACAGCGAGCUGACGGGCCACUCCAAAGGCUACGGCUUUGUGGAGUACAUGAAGAAGGACUCAGCCUCUAGGGCUCGCUCCGAACUGCUGGGCAAAGUGCAGGGGGACCGAGCGCUCAUGGUGCAGUGGACCGACGUCAACCAGCUGACCACUGCCGAACACCUCCACUCCAAGUGCCUGUGCGUGGACCGGCUGCCCGCUGAUUUCGACGACUCAGAGGAGCUGGCACACAUCUUCUCAGUACGCUACAAACCCAUCUUCUGCCAGUUGGCGCAGGAUGAGGGCAGUGCAGUGCGGGGUUUUGCAGUGGUGGAGUAUGAACUGGCGGAGCAGGCGGAGGCCAUGCUGCUCGAGAUGGACCGUCACAUCAUCCAGGGCCACGAGAUCCGCCUGUCUCUGUGCAGCCCGGGAACGGCCGGCCGCAGCACACUCGCCGCACUCAUCGCCGCUCAAGGAGUGAUGCUGAGCAAUAAAAAGGGUUUGCUGCCUGAGCCCAGUUUGGCUCAGCUCCUCAAUAGCAUGACCAAUCCAGCUGCCCUUCAGGUGCUUAUGAGACCCUACCACGCUGGCAAACGAGGAGGGAAGUUUCGUCCUCAUGCUGUUCCUUUUCUUCGACCACCACUGACAGCAGCACUGCUUCAACUAGGAAAAGCACAGCAGAAUGCCAUGUUAGGUAAUGGACUAGUUCUGCAGAAUCUUCUCCAUAUGCAGAUGGCCCAACAACAGCUUCUGCACAUCAAGGACAAGCACAUCACUAAUGUGAGGAUACCCAGUCUUUUAGGAGACCCCUCCCGGCUACUCCUGCAUAAAGUUCUGGGUCUCCGUGCUCCGGCCCCUGUACCGCUGGCAAAAGGGCUGCUGGGAGAUUCCCCCACUGGAGAGUUGGGUCAGGAGUCUACUCCCGUCUCAUCCCAGGCCGGAGGUUCUAUACCGGGGCUCAUCUCCUACACCCAAGGCCGCUCUCACGCCACCUCUGGCACUGAUCAGAAUGGCAUCCUGACUACAACCGUUGCUCCUGACAAGCAGCCUGCACCUCCAGGAACCACAGGAGGCUCUGCUAAUGCUCAAGCCCAACUACACAACUUCCUUCCGGGGUUAACCAGAGCAGGCCUGGGCCCCUUACUAGGCAACGCAGCUCAGAAAGCCUCACUGAACACCCAUAGUACUGCACCAGAAAAUAACACAGGUGUUACAACACAACCCAGCUGUCAGACGUCUUUGCUGGGAGAACCACCCAAAGAGGUGAAGCUGCCUUCCAAUCCCUACCUAAACCUGGCCAGCGUACUGCCUGGAGUGGUGCUUCAAGCCCCCAGCAGCAGCAGCAGUAGUAAAGGUCAGGCAGUCGUUGGAACGUACAGCUCAGUCGUGCCUCCUGCUUCACUCUCGAGCACUCAGUACAGCACUGAAAGCUCCACCUCAGAGUACACACAACAGUACACUCAGCAAUACUCUCAGGAGGCCAUGCAGCAGUGGUACCAACAUUACCAGGCACAGAGCUACAGCAGCAGUGGCCAAGAGACUGCUACAGCCACUGAAUACAGCAAAGAGCAGCCUCAGACUGUAGUCACGUCCUCAUAUGGAGACUACUCUACCUAUAUGCAGGCUGUCAGUCAGUACUACUCUCAGACACAGAUGAACCAAGCAGCUGCACAAGCCUACCAGCAGAGAGAUAUCAGCAAGGAGCUGGAGGUAGUAAAGCCCCCCCUGGCUGCCCCACUGACUCUGAAUGGCACUGCCCAAACUGUACUGCCCGCCUACAGUGCCCUGCCAAUCAUGCCGGGCUUUAUCGCCCCCACGCAUGCUCACACACAUGCUCCCAGCCCUGUCACACACACACACACAGCGCACACAGUGACGGACUGGAACCAGUAUUACUAUAGUCAGGCUCGAGGACAGAAGCGUGAGUACCCUGCUCUGCCCGUUCAGGACGUGGCGUCGGAGGGGCCGUACAUCGGCCAGCAUUCUCAGGGCCUUGGUGGCCAGUAUGCCGACUACUUCAAGAAGAAGAGGAUUUAGAGAACACACUCCUACGAAAACACACGUCUUUCUUGACUACAUUGUUGUUGUCAUGUCCAAGCCUUAAGUCUAAACUCUGUCCUCAAUAGCUGAGACUGCUGAUGUUUGAUGUGUGAACGGUCUGACUGUUCUCAGACUUGUUUAUUCCUGGCUUUAAAGCCUGUCUUUUCUUUUUGUUGUUUUUUUUUUUUCUUUCAGAAUGUGGCACACUCUGUGUGCUGCGUAAUGGAAGACGCUGUGCUUUUGACAUUUCCCUGUCGUCUGCCAUUUCUUCUGAUUGCCUCUCUCUUGCUUCCUCCUCUCUCUUGUUUUCUCUCUUUCUUGCUCUCUCUCUCUCUCUCUCCCAGGCAGGGUACUUUUCCACUCCAGGGGAGUGUGUGUGUGCCUGUAUAUGUGUGUGUAUAUGUGUGUGUUUGUGUGUAUGUGUGUUUUCUUUGUAAGUGGUCAAGGGCUGUAAAAAACAGAGCUAUAUUUAUUAGCAAUUUGAAUAUUUGGUUUAUUAGAGAAAUAGAGAAAACUGUAUCUGUGUACAAAUAUUGUGUAAAUACUUCAACCUCACACUAACUUUACUGAUUCAUUAAAGCAAUGUUCCAGCAUUUCACUUAACCUCGCACUGCUAUCUGUCAUAUGCUCGAUUAGCAUUUCCCUGUGCUUACAGAAGAACAGAAAAUCAUUGCCUCACAGCGCACUGUAGUUAUUAGGAACAUGUGGAGAUGUUUAAUUGAGAUCAGAAAGAUCAUCAUAAUGUGCCAUAGAGUGAGUGGUUUAUUAGUGCACUCUUCUUCUUAUGGAAGAGGAAAAAAGAGUGUAUUCAAAACAUGAGACUUUACUCAGUAUUAUUUGACCUAUUAAUAAACCACAUUUUUAAUUGACAUUGACAAUAUGGCAUGAAAAUUCUUUUCAUUUAAAUUUUGCAAUAGAAAUUACAGAAUAAAAGACUAUUGCAAUGAGCUUUUUUUUUAAAUAUCGUGCAGUAUAAACAACCCUGUGUGCGUAGUGAUUGGAUUACGGUUCACUUCGAUUUCGGUUCGAUUAUCGGUUCACUUAAGAUCUGUCCAUAGUUGGUCAGAAGCGAAUCUUGCCCAUGUUUAAUGCCACGGUAAACUGACUGUUCUGUUCAUUUUCUUGUAUUGAAUUCUAUGAGGCAUUCAUUGGUCAAAAAUAAAUAGUAAUGAGUAAUUAGUCUAAAAAGAAUCUGCUCGAAAAAUG